AUGAUCGCCACCUCGCUCCUCGCGCGUUCGCGCAUCCCGGCCGCCGCAGCUGCACGCUCCGUGCGUCGCUUCCCCGUCGCCUCGGCCGUCGCUUCGGCCGUCGCUUCGGGCUCGCGUCUGGCUCCCAUCGCCUUGGCUUCCUCGCGUCGCAACCUCGCAACGCUCAGCUCCACCGAAAACGCCCCCGAGCUCGGAUCGCGCCAGGUCGCCGACUCCAUCUUUGCGCCCCUCGACACCUUUGAGCCGCGCCACGUCGGGCCCCGCGAUCGCGAUGCCGCCAAGAUGCUCCAGGCGCUCGGAUACAACCACAUGGACCAGCUCGUCAACGACACCGUCUCCCCCAGCGUCCGUCUCGAGCAGUCCGACGCCUACUACGACCAGAUCAAGCCCCUCUCCGAGUCCGAGCUCGCACAGCGCGCACAGACCAUCGCAAGCAUGAACCGCCCCUUCAAGAGCCUCAUCGGCAUGGGCUACCAAAACACGCUCGUGCCCCCCGUCAUCCUCCGCAACGUGCUCGAAAACCCAGCCUGGUACACGAGCUACACCCCCUACCAGCCCGAAAUCUCCCAGGGCCGUCUCGAGUCGCUCAUCAACUUCCAGACCAUGGUCAAGUCGCUCACCGGCCUCGACCUCGCAAACGCCUCCCUCCUCGACGAGGGCACCGCCGCCGCAGAGGCCAUGAUCCUCGCCUACGGCCAGACAAAGAGCAAGCGCAAAACCUUCCUCGUCGACCGCGGCGUCCUGCCCCAGACCCUCGCCGUCCUCCGCCAGCGUGCAAAGGGCUUCGGCAUCAACGUCGUCGCCACCGACCUCCGCACCCCCGACGGCCACCGUCUGCCCCCCGCAGACCAGAUCCCCCGCGACGACAUCAUCGGCGCCCUCGUACAGUACCCCGACGUCGACGGCCGCCUCACCGACUGGCAGGCGCUCGCCGCCGAGAUCAAGAGCUUCGGCGGCAUGACCAUCGCCGCCACCGACCUCCUCGCCCUCACCAUGAUCCGUCCGCCCGGCGAGUGGGGCGCCGACAUUGCGCUCGGCAACGCCGCCCGCUUCGGCGUGCCUCCCGGCUUUGGCGGCCCGCACGCCGCCUUCUUCGCCGUGCGCGACUCGAUCAAGCGCAAGAUCCCCGGCCGUCUCGUCGGUCUCUCCAAGGACACUCGCGGCGGGCCCGCCUACCGUCUGGCGCUCCAGACGCGCGAGCAGCACAUCCGUCGUGAAAAGGCAACCUCCAACAUCUGCACCGCCCAGGCGCUCCUCGCCAACAUGUCCGCCAUGUACGCCGUCUACCACGGCCCGGACGGCCUGCGCAAGAUCGCCGCCAAGGUGCACGCCCUCACGCGCCUUCUCAAGCACGAGCUUACCGAGCUCGGCCUCCGCGUCGUCAACCGCGACGGUGCCUUCUUUGACACGCUCACCAUCGACCUCGCAAAGGCGGGCGUCGGCGCCGUGCGCGUCCACGAGGAGGCCAAGAAGGCGCGCAUCAACCUGCGCAGGAUCAGCGACACCCGCGUCGGCAUCACGCUCGACGAGACCGUCAGCAUCGAGGAACUCACCGACCUCCUCAACGUCUUUGCCUACGCCACCAAGAACACAAAGACCGGCGAGGUGCCCUACAAGCCCCAAGACCUCCUCGCCAUCGCACAGCGCAUCGGCCUCGACGCCGCCUCCACCCAGUCGCUCACCAUCUCCUCCCCCGUCGCCACCACUCCUGCCAAGGAUGCUGCCCCCGUGCCCGAUUUCAGCCGCAAGUCCAAGUUCCUCCAGCAGCCCGUCUUUUCGGCCCACCGCUCCGAGACGCAGAUGCUGCGCUACAUCCACUCGCUCCAGGCCAAGGACCUCUCGCUCGUCCACGCCAUGAUCCCGCUCGGUUCGUGCACCAUGAAGCUCAACUCCACCUCGAGCAUGAUGCUCAUCUCCAAGCCCGAGUUCUCGCAGCUCCACCCCUUUGCGCCCGAGGACCAGGCGCAGGGCUACGACGUGCUCAUCCGCGAGCUCGAGCGCGACCUCUGCACCAUCACCGGCUUCCCCGCCGUCUCGCUGCAGCCCAACUCGGGCGCCCAGGGCGAGUUUGCCGGGCUGUCGGUCAUCCGCGCCUACCACGAGUCCAAGGGCGAGGGCAAGCGCGACGUCUGCCUCAUCCCCACCUCGGCCCACGGCACCAAUCCCGCCUCGGCCAUCAUGGCCGGCAUGCGCGUCGUGCCCGUCAAGACCAAGCAGGACGGCGCCAUCGACCUCGAAGACCUGCGCGCCAAGGCGGAGCAGCACAAGCACGAGCUCGCCGCCACCAUGAUCACCGAGCCCGCCACCACCGGCUGCUACUUUAAGGACAUCCAGGAGGCCUUCCAGAUCGUGCACGACAAUGGCGGACAGGUGUACCUCGACGGAGCCAACCUGCAGGCGCAGGUGGCGCUCACCAACCCGGCCAUCAUGGGCGCCGACGUGACGCACCUCAACCUGCACAAGACCUUUUCCAUUCCGCACGGUGGCGGCGGACCCGGCGUGGGCCCCAUCUGCGUCGCCGAGCAUCUGGCGCCGUUCCUGCCCGGCCACCCGCUGGCGUCGACGGGCGGCGAGAUGGCCAUCGACCCCAUCUCGGCGGCGCCCUGGGGCUCCGCCUCGAUCCUCACCAUCGCCUGGGCGUACAUCAAGAUGCUCGGGUGGAGCGGCCUCAAGAAGUCGACCGAGACGUCGCUGCUGGCGGCCAACUAUGUGGCGCACCGGCUCAAGGACCACUACAAGCUCAAGUACACUGGCGACCGCGGCCGCGUGGCGCACGAGCUGCUCAUCGACGUUGCCGAGUUUGAGGAUGCGGGGCUGAAGGUGAUGGACUUUGCCAAGCGUCUGAUCGACUAUGGCUUCCAUCCGCCCACGUGCUCGUGGCCCAUCUCGACGGGUCUGCUCAUCGAGAUCACCGAGUCCGAGUCGCUGCAGGAGAUCGACCGGCUGGUGGAGGCGUUCAUCUCGAUCCGCCACGAGGUGGAUGAGAUCCGCGCAGGCAAGAUGCCGCGCGACAACAACCUGCUCAAGAACGCGCCGCACACGAUGCACGACGUCGCCGACGCCGAGUGGGACCGACCCUACUCGCGCGAGCGCGCCGUGUACCCCGUGCCCGAGCUGCGCAAGACCAAGUUCUGGCCGCCCGUCAACCGCAUCGACGACGCCUACGGCGACCGCAUGCUCGUCUGCGAGUGUGGCGGCGUCGAGGACUAUGUCAACUAG